UUCAGGGAUCCAGAGAGAUUCACAGGAAUCCAGCACCUGUCGGCUUCACACCCUCCCCAAAACGAGAGGAUGGCAGAAAACGCUUGGUCCAUCUUGGGUCCUUUCGGAUUCAGGUUACCACCAAGUCCACAUACCCUCGAAGCCGUCGUCCCCAUGGGGAGGAGCUCCACCACGGCGACCUCACACGUCUCCCCCAAAGAGAAUUCUCCCAUUCACAUUUACUGAGCGUGGGCUCCCAGGCCUCGAGGACGGCGGGCCUAAGACACCGAGAGACCGGACGAAAGUGAAGACAGCGUGGGAGGAUGCACUUCUAGCCCCACAAGGAGGAGUUUUAAAAAAGAGAAGCGAGAAAAGCAGGGGGAGCAGUGUUGCCCCUAGGCCGAACGAGGGGGGCGGUCCGGGACGCUACCCAAGGGCUAGCGAUGCCCCCAACUCACUCACCAGAAGCAGCAGGGAGCAUCUGAGGUCGGAUGCAGAGAGGAAGACGGCAAGAUUCAUGGUAACGCUGGGGUGUGCGGCAGGGACACGAGUCGGCAGCUGCGACUGGGCUGGGGCUAAGAAAGGGCUGGGCUCCGGGAGCCGGCGGCCGCCGCACCUCGUCCUCUCGACCCGGAGCUCCAGCGGCGAACACCCGGGACAACUUCCAGAGAGGCCUCGCACGCCCUCAUUUCCGGGUCCUGCCCACCUCGAAGCACGUCGGGAAAUGUAGUCUCGCACUACCCUCGUCGUCCCACGUCAUCACAGAGCCAGAACUCCCUUUCCCAGUAGGCCCUCGGCCCAGGCCCGCCGAGCCUUCUUCGCGCGGGGCUCCGUGGGAUUGAAAGGGCGCAGGGACGCGUACCCCUGCGCGGCUCGGAAGAGGAACUACAAUUCCCAGAAGGCUACGCGGCCGAGCCUUCUUUCCCUACCUCCCCCCACACACACACCAGGCAGCCUUCUGAGGGCUCCCGGGCUUCAGCCGCCCUGGGGUCUGACCCUGCGAGUGUAGUGGCCUGGCCUGGCGGGAAGGGCGGCCUCGUGGGGGUCGUGCCUCCUGGAGGCGAGGGUUACUCUAGCUGAUGAGAAGACUAUGAACAGAUCAGAGAACCUGCUCUCUGCUGGCUCCUCAUUAGCAUCUCAAGUUCAUGCUGCUGCUGUUAAUGGAGAUAAGGGUGCUCUUCAGAGACUUAUUGUUGGAAACUCUGCCCUUAAAGACAAAGAAGACCAGUUUGGGAGAACACCGCUUAUGUACUGUGUGCUGGCAGACAGACUGGACUGUGCUGAGGCUCUUCUGAAGGCAGGAGCAGAUGUCAAUAAGACUGACCAUAGCCGGAGGACAGCCCUCCAUCUUGCAGCUCAAAAGGGAAAUUAUCGCUUUAUGAAACUUUUACUUACACGCAGAGCAAACUGGAUGCAAAAGGAUCUGGAAGAGAUGACGCCUUUGCACUUGACCACCCGGCAUAAGAGCCCUAAGUGUUUGGCACUUCUGCUGAAGUUUAUGGCACCAGGAGAAGUGGAUACACAGGAUAAAAACAAGCAAACAGCCCUGCACUGGAGCGCCUACUACAACAACCCAGAGCACGCAAAGCUGCUCAUCAAGCAUGACUCCAACAUCGGCAUUCCUGACGUGGAAGGCAAGAUCCCGCUGCACUGGGCAGCCAACCAUAAAGAUCCAAGCGCUGUUCAUACAGUGAGAUGCAUUCUGGACGCUGCUCCAACAGAGUCUUUACUGAACUGGCAGGACUAUGAGGGCCGCACAGCUCUUCACUUUGCAGUCGCUGAUGGAAACCUAACGGUGGUUGACAUCUUGACCUCAUAUGAAAGCUGCAACAUAACGUCUUAUGACAACUUAUUUCGAACCCCGCUUCACUGGGCAGCUUUACUGGGCCAUGCACAGAUUGUUCACCUCCUUUUAGAAAGGAAUAAGUCUGGAACCAUCCCCUCUGACAGCCAAGGAGCAACACCCUUGCACUAUGCAGCUCAGAGUAACUUUGCUGAAACAGUCAAAGUGUUUUUAAAACAUCCUUCCGUGAAAGAUGAUUCUGACCUUGAAGGAAGAACGUCCUUCAUGUGGGCAGCAGGGAAAGGCAGUGACGAUGUCCUCAGGACUAUGCUGGCUUUAAAAUCUGACAUUGAUAUUAACAUGGCUGACAAGUACGGAGGCACCGCUUUACAUGCUGCUGCCCUUUCUGGCCACGUCAGCACUGUGAAGUUAUUGUUGGAAAAUGAUGCUCAAGUAGACGCUGCUGAUGUCAUGAGACAUACUCCACUUUUCCGGGCCUGUGAGAUGGGGCACAGAGAUGUGAUUCAGACACUUAUUAAAGGUGGAGCCAGGGUAGAUCUGGUUGACCAAGAUGGACAUUCCCUUUUACAUUGGGCAGCACUAGGAGGAAAUGCUGAUGUUUGCCAGAUCCUUAUAGAAAAUAAGAUCAAUCCAAAUGUGCAGGAUUAUGCAGGAAGGACACCUUUGCAGUGUGCUGCAUAUGGGGGAUACAUCAACUGCAUGGCAGUGCUCAUGGAAAACAAUGCAGACCCCAACAUACAAGACAAAGAGGGAAGAACAGCUUUGCACUGGUCCUGUAACAAUGGAUACCUUGAUGCCAUUAAAUUAUUGCUAGACUUUGCUGCAUUCCCUAAUCAGAUGGAAAACAAUGAGGAGAGGUACACACCCCUGGAUUACGCUCUGCUCGGCGAGCGCCACGAGGUGAUCCAGUUCAUGCUGGAGCACGGUGCCCUGUCCAUCGCAGCCAUACAAGACAUUGCUGCCUUCAAAAUCCAAGCUGUCUACAAAGGGUACAAGGUCAGGAAAGCCUUCCGAGACCGGAAGAACCUGCUCAUGAAGCACGAACAGCUGAGGAAAGACGCUGCGGCCAAAAAGCGGGAGGAAGAAAACAAGCGAAAGGAAGCUGAACAGCAGAGGGGAUGGCUGACCCCAGAUCCCCACAGAGCCCAAGCCCCUCCUUGUCUGCCCAGCUCCCAGAGUGAGCCUGUCAAGCAGGAUGGAGCCCUUGGUAAGCAGCCGCCUGAGGAUCACAUGGUCCAGGCACCCGAGCCAGGACGCGGCGGAUGCUCUCCAGAUGUGCUUCCUGGCAGGAAGCCCCAGAAGGAGCAGAUUGGGUCCUCAGAUCUGCCAAAAACCAACCCGAGAAAGACAAAUGAAAUGCCCAGAGAAUGCUGCAAAGGCCCCCCUGCCAGUGUACGCAUCAGGCCCCACCCAGGCAGCGGAGGAGACGGGCGCAGGCAAGCAUCCUGUGCAGGGAACGGCCAAGGUGAGGUGGCUGGCAGCCUGCGCGGUGAGGAGAGGAGAGGCAAGGUCAGGCAGCCCUCUUCCCGUGUGGCAGCACGGAAUGUGCGCAGAGGCGGAGACCACAGCCACGCAGCUGUAAGCCCUCCGCAACAGGACAGCCCCAAGAAGCCCAGCAGGCGGGAGGACACAGCAACCAAGGUCAGAGGUGCGCCGCAGGGAAGACGCCUCCAAGAGCUCAGAGGCAGGGGCUCCCCAGCGGGGUCCAGCCGGCCUGGCAGUGCCAGGGGGCAGGUGGCCUGUGCUGGGCAGAGUCCCCUCCACCAUCCCACACCACGAACCAAGGUGACCCAGAACAAGUUCGUAGGAGGAAUCCACUCAGAUUUGCCACCAAGUACCAUGGAGUUGAGGGCAGGACCCAAGAAGCCGUGUGAAGACAUUCAAGAAUCUCCAGAGACCUACUCAGCUCAUGGCCCGCUGCCUGGGCACAGCAUGAACAUUGACCUUCUCCCUGUAGAGCUGCGCCUGCAGAUUAUCCAGAGGGAACGAAGCAGAAAAGAGCUGUUUCGCCAGAAGAACAAGGCAGCCACAGUCAUCCAGCGAGCCUGGCGAAGCUACCAGCUUAGAAAGCACCUGUCUCACCUUUUGCAAAUGAAGCAGCCUGACGCUGGAGAUGUUCUCAGAAGGAACUGCAAGUGCAUGGCCUUGCUUCUCCAGGUUUGGAGAAGGGAACUGGAACUCAAAUCAACAAAGGCCAUCUCGGUAACCCGGGUGCCCAAGAGUCCGCCCAAAGGCAUCUCAAGCACAAAGCCCACCCGGCACUCAGUGCUCAGGCUGAUCUACGGUUGUUCUCAAGAAAGGAAAGUAAGUCACCCCUUAAGAUCUUCAAAAGCCCCUCCGGCACUAAGUCUCAACUCAGUGAGCGGUUUGCAGUGUAUACAGCUUGAAAACAGCAGAAGAUCAAAAAACUUUUCUUAUAAUCUGCAAACAGCUGGUCAAUCAAAAAACAAACCAAAGCUUUGACGACCUGAGGAUCAACAGCACCAGUGCAGCGUUCUAGUCUCUGAACUGCCCUACAUUUUUGGAAAGCUUUAGUAUCCAUUCCUGAAGCCCUGGUACCCUGAAAAUGUGUGAACUACUCCAAGAAAAUGUCUGAAUUGUUUCCUUUCUGUUAUCUUACUCAACUCUUUUUGGCCUGCACUGAAAGGACCAGAGAAGACUUGUGUGUGGGCUGCCCAGCUGCAUGUGCCUUUAACUCAGUCUGCACAGCUGGCAAUGAAAAUGGAUAAUUGAGAAUAAAACUAAUACAUCUGCACAGGAUAAAGGGGCUGCCGGGCGGAGAGUCUGACAGCUAGCUAGCACACUGCCACCAUCACUCCAGCCUUUCCAGCUUUCAUUUUUAGUUCACAUUCAUAAUCCAGUGUUUGCAUUUAGAAAUUGUCCACUGAGUAGUCUCCAUGUUAGGCUUGGAAGGCCAUAUAGGUUGUAGCCAUAUGCUGAGUAGUAUUUUCAUUGCUGGGUAGCACCAGCAAAUAUCAGCUUCCAGGAAUCAGUCAGGCAGAGUUUACACUCAUACAGCAGGGUACCAACUCUGGCUUUAGCGUUCCCCUUGUGUUGCUGACCAAAUUGCAGAAGUAAGCAAAAUCUUCUCAAAAUGCCAUUUCUUUUCAGAGGGAAAGCAACACACAUUCUAGCUAAGAAUAUUUGGCCUAAAUAAACAUCCAGUCAUUAUGGAUUCUUUCAAAGAGGCAAAAUUAGUGACAACAAGCCUCCCAUGCUAACAAAUAGGAGGCAAAAAAUGCUUUCCUAAUUAACUUAUUUAACAAAUUAUAAUACUCAAAAAUUAUGAACACAAAGAAUGAAGUUUACUUUGAUAAGCUCAUAAAGAUUUAACCAAUCUGUUGAUGAAUAGAUGUGCCACAAUAUCUCUGUGUUAUGAAUAUUUAGCUCCUAUGAAAUGUUCAGCUGCCACACAUCGUGUGUCGGUCCAAGCACAGCCGUCAGGAGGAACCCCCAGGCUUCCCUCCCCAUUUCAAUAUAAAGGAUGGCUCACAUGUAACUUCUUUAAAAGUUCAUCUUUAAUGACAAACAUCUAUUACAUCAGUCUCUCUUCAAUAUAAGAUGGAUGUGAAUAACAGUUUCAGCUAGGAAGUUCCCUGGUGGUUCUUCAAUACACUGCACUCAACGCACUGGGUCCCUGUGGAUGGCCAGUGAUGUACACAUUGAAGCAGUAGUGCAAGUCUGUGAGCCACUGCUCCUGAACACUUCCACUCUUCAAAGUCUGCAGAGAAAAACAAAUGUUUGAUUUGAAAAUUAUCAAAACCACCAUGUCACCAGACACUAUUUUUCACACCUCAAAAUUUUUCAAAGACAAGUUAAGUGUUCCUUUGGUAAAUCUCUUCGAAAAGAAAAGAACUAGAGGGCUAUUAACCAUAGGCAGCGAAAGAUCCUAGUUGAUUAUGUCUUCUUAUGGUUUGAAUGUAAAAUGGUCCCUCACAGACCCAUGUGUUUGUACACCUGGUCCCCAAUUGUUUGUAAAACCUUCGGGACAUGGAGUCCAGCUGGUAAAAGUAGGGCCACAGAGGUAGGGUUGAGGGAAUAUAAGCGUCACAUCAGAUUCCAGCUGAGUAGGCCACAUCACAAGCCCCACUGCCACAGGUGGAACCGAGUACCAUUCCUAUCUUACCAUGAGACUGUACCCUCUCAAAUAAUGAGCCAAAAUAAACCCUUCCUCCCUUAA